AUGACCACGUCAUCAACUAGUUUUAGUCGUGUGCGAAGAUCUACAGCUGGAAUAAGUAAACGUUAUGAUGAACAAGAAUACGUAUUAGUUUCAUUUCCACAAUUGAACAAGCAUAGUAUUGUUCCGGCUGCUAGUGUCAAUAUUGAUCCUCUUAAUAAACAAAAUGGUAGUAUAAAGACUUUUGGAUCAAGGAAGAACUUCCGUAUUAUUGGUAGCGGUUCUAAAGAAACAUUGAAAGAAAGGGCAUCAAGAUAUGCUGCUUCAGCUGGUAGUGAAGAAAUUGAACUUCUACCUGAUGAUCAAGAAAAUGAUGAAAACCAAGUUAGCAGUGAUGAUGAAUUUUCACCAUCAUCCAUGCAUCGAAUAACUAAGGAAAUAAAAAAAAGGGUUAUGGCAAGUGAACAAUUACAAUCACCGAUUGAAUUAAAUUCACCAAAUUUUGAUAAUCAAACGACGACAACUUCAACUUAUGAUUAUUCUCGAACGAAUUCUUCAUUAAAAAAAACUCCGUUGAGCAAUCGUCAAUUGAAUUUCGAUCGGGUUUACUCAGAGACAGGAACAAAAAGAAGCUAUGAAGACAUUGCUGAUCAAAGUUCAUUGAGUGAAAGUGAAGCAACCGACAAUGAAAAUGAUAAAAGUUUAUGUGUUGUAAAGAAAAACAAUGAUUUUCAAUUACUGUCAAAAAAGACCCAUCGUAGAAAGAAAAAACAAGCAGUCGAAUCAAUAAGAAACGUUGAAGGGCCAUGUAGUGGUUGUAUUAAACAUCAAGAAGACAUAAUUAAGUUAUCAAAAAGAAUUGAUCGAUUAGAAAAAGUGAUACCAGUAAUUAAAAAAUUUCGAGCAAAAACUAGUUGUGUAUCAAAAAAUCAAAUUAAUACAACAUUUGGUAAUAACACAGUAUAUACACGAAUUCACACAGUAACUGGAGUUGAUCCAAAUCAACUCAGAAGCACUAUAUCACGUCCAACUAUGAUAAUGAGAGAAUUAAUUAAAAACGCUGGUUAUAUUAAUGAUAAAGCAUUUCUGAAAAGUAAUGAAAAUCUAUUCAAGGGUCAGUAUAAAAUUUUCAAGCUUUCAACUAAAGUUGCAUUUAAAAAGAUUUAUUUAGAAUUUAUACAAAUGAAGUGUACAAUACUCGACGAUAAUAUUGAUGAUCAUUGGAAGGAAAUUACUGAUUCUCUUGGUCGCCAACAUAUCGAUGAAGAAAAUAACAAAAAGAAACGAAUUCGUCCUGAACAGUCAUCAGCAACAUUAAAUCCAACACCACAUCAAAUUACACAAACAUUUCUGAAUCACGAUGAACACGAAUUGGCACCAGUGGCACCAACAACAAUAAACACGAUAUCAGAUUUAGCUGAAUACAUAUAA